UGCGUCACAGCGCUAAACCGGAGACAAGUGUAGGGAAAAAGCCUUCACUUUUGUUUACGUGCGGUCAGCAGACAGCUGUCGUCGCGCCUUCCUGCGCACGCAGCAUUGUUGCCAUUUGUACUCGCACCUUCUAAAAGCUCCGCGUCAAUAACCCGCGGUCGUCGAGGAUGUUUACUUGAUCGCGGGCGAGCCUGUGUGGAUGCCGACAGGAGGAUGAGCUCCAUCAGCGGUCGGGUUCACGCCGUCCCCGCCGCCUCUGUCACCAACUCUGGAGCUUCCUCCUCCCGAGCCUUGCACGUCGAGCUCACGUCCCAACAACUGCCGUCGACUCCCCUGAGACACUGCGCGUCAAGACAGCCGUGGACGUACACCUCCGACUCUCAGAGACGAUUGCGUCACCUCCGGAGCAUUGCAGCAAGAAACAUUGUCAACAAGAAUGGUUCCCCUCUGCUGGACACUUACUUCACCCUGCACCUCUGCAUAGGAGAGCGCAUAUCUAGUGAUUUUUACAAGAGUGAAGUCAUACGUGACUCACUGAAUCCUACUUGGCGGAGCUUGGACUUUGGUAUGUUGCCGGACCUUUUGGAUACCUCAGUCUCUUGUUUUGUGGUAAGGAUUUGGGGAGGACAACAAGAACAGUACCAGCUCCUCAUAGAAUGGAAGGUCAACCUGGAUGGCGUCAGAUACACGGGACAGCAGAUUCGAUCCAGGAAUCCAAAUGAGAUCAUAUUCGGGUUGAAUGAUGGUUAUUAUGCUGCAGACUUUGAUCAGAAGGAUCAGUCAGAGCGGAAGAAAAACAGUCUACUUCAUGUUGACCAAAGCUCAGUGAGGAAUUCCUACAGUGUCUUCUCUUUGCUCAGGCUUCAUACAGCCCAGAGAGCCAUCAAACAGACCCAGGUAACGGUACAGAAGAUUGGCAAGGAGAUUGAGGGGAAACUAAGAACAACAGCGACAUGCACAGUGCGGAAGAAGGAGCGGGAGUUUAUGCAGCUGCGUUUAGCCGUUCUUCGGAGUGAGCUGCAGCGGCAGAGGAAGGCUCUUGGCAGAGAGAUAGGAUUGCGGCAGAAGGACAGGGCGCAGCUUCAGAAGAAAGAGGAAGUGUUUGCCACACAACGUGAAAGUCUGGAGGAGGAGAAAGAAUCUUUAACCAUGCUUCAUAAGGAAUGUACCGCCAAGAGAGAACAGUUCCUCAAGUCCAACGCCCAGCUCAACUUCCGAUGCCGUCAGCUUCUCUCUGAGCUUUCCUACAUUUACCCCAUCGAUGUGGAAAAUCCGUCAUACUAUGUUAUCUGUGGAGUGAGGCUGCCAAAUUCAGAAGAUUUUCAAGCAAAGGAUGAUGGGAGCGUGGCGGUCGCCCUUGGUUACACGGCACACUUGGUCUUGAUGAUUUCAUGCUUCCUGCAUAUCCCUCUAAGGUAUCCAGUAAUCCACAAGGGAUCACGCUCCUCCAUCAAGGACACCAUCACAGACAGACUCACAGAGAAGGAGAGAGAGUUCCCUUUGUAUCCCAGAGGAGAGCGCUUCCAUUUUGAAUAUGGCGUCUACUUGCUCAACAAGAACAUCGCUCAGCUCAGAUAUCAACACGGCUUGACCACCCCAGACCUGCAGCAAACACUGCCCAACCUGAAGAACUUUCUUGAACAUGGCUUGCUUGUCAAAUGUGACCGACACCAAGUCUCCAGUUCCAUUCCAGUACCAUCCAAGUCUCACCUUGGGCCGCCCGGCACCUCUGAAGUCACUCGCCCUCGCCAAAGCAGCUCCCCAGACCGGGGUCUGAGGAAGCGGGCCAGCUCCGAGGCCGACAAGAACAAGAGCAUUCCUCCAGGCUAUGACGUCGCCGCGGGAGUGGGGCCGGCCACGACGACAACGCUGUCGUCUCCGCCAAAAGUCCUGUCUUCGUCUCUCGAUGCCGCUAUGGCCUCGCUUGACCUCACCGAGCCUGCCGCAGCCAAAGAGGAAGAAGCGGCGAUGGAAGGAAGUGGAGAUCAUACAGCGGAGGUGGAAAGGUGCAGCAGCGCCGAAGAAGCCUUCGUCGCACCCGGGGGCGCCGCCGAGCACGCGGGGGUCAUGAACGGUUCGCUGGCUUCUGGUCUGCACUGCUCGGUGGAGCAGGCGGAGGAGAUCAUGGGCACGGAGGCCAUCAACCUGGGAACAGAACCCGAGGCCGGCUCGGGCGUGACGGAGGAGACCCGGCUGGACGAGUACCACCGCAUCCCCGUGGACCAGGCGGUGGCGGUGGAAUGUGAUGAGCAGGUCCUGGGCGAGCUGGACACCGCCGGAUUUGAGGAGUUUUCCAGACGCAUCUACGCACUGAACGAGAACAUGUCCAGCUUCAGACGACCGCGCAAAAACUCUGACAAGUGAGGAACAACAAUGGAUUAUAACGGCUGGAUUCUGGAAUAAUAACCACUUUGCACUUAUUAUUAAAUAUAUAUCAUUAACAUGUUUUCAAACAUAA